CCAUCCCCUCCCCCCGUGACAGAGCACACCUGCCUGAUCUUGGCUGCAGGCGUCCACACAGCGAUCAGCCCUCGGCCUGCCGCGCUGCACAUCGGCUCCAGCCCUCUCUGGAUUUGCGGAUCUUCGUCUGCAGCUCUACAAGCUCCUGUACGUGCAGAGACAAAUCAGACCUGCUGUGACACAACCCAGACCUCAAGAUCCUGAAAGACAAGAAGGGAAAGUGAAAAGCCUCCAUCAGCAACAUGAAAUCGGCCUGUCUCUCCCUGCUUUUGGUGUCCGUAUGCUGGGCUCUGCCCUUCCGUCAGUCCGGCUUCAUGGACUUCAUGAUGGAGGACGAGCCGGGCUCAGGCUCUCCCAUGCCUCCAGUUCGUAAACCACCUGUUCAGACGCCUCCUCCACUGCUACCCGAUGGACCUGAUGGACCUGAUGGACAUUUCUGCCCCUUCCGGUGCCAGUGCCAUCUGCGAGUGACCCAGUGUUCUGAUCUAGGUUUGAAGAACGUUCCAGAAAAAAUUCCACUUGAUACCACUCUCCUGGAUUUGCAGAACAACAAGAUCACAGAGAUCAGAGAAAAUGACUUCAAAGGCCUGAAGGGUCUCCAAACACUCAUCCUGGUCAACAAUAAGAUCACCAUGAUUCAUGCCAAGGCCUUUUCUUCUCUGGUCAAUUUGGAGAGACUCUACCUGUCCAAGAAUCUCCUGAAGGAUGUUCCUGCUAACAUACCGAAAAGCCUGCAGGAGCUGCGCAUUCACGAGAACCAGAUUAACAAGAUAAAGAAGUCCUCCUUUGCCGGCAUGGCCAAUGUCAUCGUCAUGGAGCUGGGCUCUAACCCUCUGAGUAGCUCUGGAGUUGAUAAUGGUGCCUUUGCUGAUCUGAAGAGGGUUUCUUACAUCCGAAUUGCUGACACCAACAUCACCUCCAUUCCCAAAGGUCUGCCCGGUUCUCUUUUUGAACUUCACUUGGAUGGAAACAAGAUCACCAAAGUGACCGCAGACAAUCUGAAGGGCCUCAAGAACCUGUCCAAGCUGGGUCUGAGCCACAAUGAGAUAAGUGUGGUGGAGAACGGCUCUCUGGCCAACAUGCCUCACCUGAGGGAACUUCACCUGGACAAUAAUAUGCUGACUUCAGUCCCGUCCGGCCUGCCAGAACACAAAUACAUUCAGGUGAUCUACCUUCACGCCAACAAGAUUGCUGCUGUGGGAACAGAGGACUUCUGCCCACCCGGCUAUAAUACAAAGAAGGCCAUGUACUCAGGCAUCAGCCUGUUCAGUAAUCCAGUGCCCUAUUGGGAGGUCCAGCCCAUCACCUUCCGCUGCGUCUUCGACCGCUCGGCCAUUCAACUGGGCAACUACAGAAAGAAAUAGAGCGUCCAAUCAGACGGCUUAGUCACUGUUUUCAUCCCGCCCCUUCCUGUCUGACCUAAUCCUCUCAAGCACAUAACUUAGUCUGAAUGUCAUAUCUCAGUUAACCCCAAAUAAACUACAAUUCCAUUUUCAACAUGCAGAUUACUGGACAGAUAUUCAAAUAAACAAAUGCAUAUCAGUAUUGUAUUGAACAUACAUAUUGUGUAAGUGCAGAGGAGAACAGAAAAUGUAUGAUUUUGAAAAAAAGAAAAGAAAAAUAAAGAAAGUAAAGCCAUGACCACUUAGAAUAUCCAGUAGCGCACAUCACUCAGAUAAUGAAAUGAUCUUUUUCGAAGGUCACUUUGGAUCUUCUGGACCUAAGCCAUGUUCUUCUAUGUUCUUCGCUGGCCUGCGGAGCGGGCAGCAAGGGGUUAACACGUGUCAGCCAGUGCCAUUAACAAGAGCUUGUAUGCUAGAAUGUAUUCAGUUAUUACUUUCCGUGUAGCGCUAGUUCAGAUUGUGCUGUUAAAAGUCUAAAAAAAUCUCUCGUAAUCAGUUGAAGUGGGAGAAAACAGGAAGUCGGGCUGUUCGAGAUUCUCUUCGUCUCAAUUCAGAUGCUUGGGUGGCAUUUGUGUUUAUUAGUUUCCUCAGAUCCCGUCUGCUCUACCCUGGUGAACAUAGCGCUUCGAGAUGUAGAAUAAACUAUGUUGUCAUUACGACGAACGCGAUUCCCGAACCUAUACGCAUGCUUUUUCUACUCUGGUGACUGCUGUGUUAUGUGCGAGCUUGUACAUGUGUUUUCUUUCUUUUAUUUUCGUGUUUGUUGAUCGUCUGUGUUUCAGUCUGGAAGGAUCGGGAGGGAGACGGCGAACAUGGACACCUCCUGCUUUCAUGAGAGUCAUGAAUGUCUCUUGUAUAGACGCUGUAUAUAAAUGCUGUAUAAAAGAAUCCUAUCAAUGCUUUGAAGCACAAGCACUUACAGUAGUUUGGACUUUAAUAUAUCGGCAAUAAAGGUAAUCCCUUUCUUCUCUCUCUCUUUCUCUCUCUCUCUCUCUCUCUCUGGCCGAUUGAGGGCUCCGACACAGGUGUCUUUGAACCAAAUAAACAGUCAAAUCUC